CUAAAUUCUACAGGGGAACCAUUUAUGAUACAACACCGAGAAUGUCAUUUCCACACUUUCAUGAACAAGUGCAUAGCUAGCUAAUGCUAUGUGUUACCCCCUGCUGCCCGUUACUGGUAAUACAGCCGCCUGUACGCUCAGCUGUUGUCAAAUUUCAAUAAAGUUUUGCUUGUUGAAGCGCGUCCCCGUGUCCUUGUCAUGGCGGAAUAUCAAGAAGCUCCCCUCUGCAGCCGUCCUGCAGGCCUGGACCCGGCUAAUUACUACGGCCUGAGCGCCGAGAACAAGCGGGCGGCAGAGGAGAGGCUGGCACUACGGGCUCAACUAAAGCGGCAAUACCUUCUGCAACUCAAUGACCCCAACAGGAAAACUCUGGUGGAAGACCCAGCUUUAACCCGUUGGAUGUACGCGCGGAAUCGUAACAUCUAUCCCAACUUUAGACCCACCCCUAAAACAUCUCUGCUUGGCUUUAUAUGGGGAGUGGGACCACUGUUCUUCUGGUACUACGUGUUCAAAACAGAUCGGGAUCGCAAGGAAAAGCUGAUCCGGGAGGGCAAACUAGAGAGGCCGUUUCACCUGACGAGCUGAUUCCCAGCAGUGCUCCCAUGUCAGCUGCUAUUGUAUAAUUGGUGUAAAAUGUUUAACAAUAAAAUAUAACAUUAUUCUCUUA